AUGCAAAAUAUAGAUGAGGCGGAUGAGAAGUCGUACGGCGUCAUCAUGGAUGCAGGUUCCACAGGCACUCGACUUUUUUUGUACUCUUGGACGAGUAGUUCAGACAAGGAACUAAUAGAUAUUGUUCCUGCGCUCGACCACUUGAACAAUCAUGUCGUGAAGAAAGUGUACCCAGGACUAAGUUCAUUUCAAGAUCGUCCCGAAAAGGCUGCAGAGUAUAUAAGACCGUUGCUGGAUUAUGCAUCACAAUUCAUACCUCACGAUAAGUUGCCAUACACGCCUGUGUUUCUUCUGGCAACGGCUGGGAUGCGACUUGUUCCCGAGAAGCAACAAGCUGCAAUUCUUGCCGAUCUGCACACUAAAUUGCCUCUAAUGACUCCCAUGCAGCGGAGCUAUGGUUUAACGAACCUUCUUCAGAUCAUGAAGGAACACAUAAAAGUAAUUGAGGGCAAAUGGGAAGGCAUCUAUAGCUGGAUCGCGGUAAACUAUAUUUUAGGAAAAUUUAAAAUAAACAACGGCUCAAUAACUUCUCGACCAGACACCGUGGGAAUGAUAGACAUGGGUGGUGCAAGUAUGCAGAUUGCAUUCGAAAUGCCUCCAAAGGACGAUUUUCGCAGCGAAAAUGUGGAAAAUGUUAACCUUGGGUGCCGUGACGACGACGACAGACAUAAGUACAAACUCUUUGUCACAACAUUCCUAGGCUACGGCGUUAAUGAAGGUCUUCGUAAAUAUGAGCAACAACUCAGCGAUCAACUUUUAUCGACUAAAGAAAGCUACGUCAGAGAUGAAUGUAUGCCAGUCAAUUUGCAGAAGGUCAUCAAUCGAAGCGACGGUUCUAUGUUCGUACGAAAGGGAAUUGGCGAUUGGGAAGGAUGCGUUGAGAAGCUUUCAAAUAUGAUCACGAAACCAUUUGUACAUCCAAAAUCUCUUUGUAAACCAAACUGCUUCUUCGGAAGUGUCGCCGCGCCAAUGGUAUCUCUUUCAUCUAUGGCUUUGUAUGGAUUUUCCGAAUACUGGUAUUCUCUUGAUGAAGUACUGUCACUCGGUGGUCGCUACAAUUACACACUGAUAGCUGAGAAAUCGAAACAGUUUUGCUCGCAACGAUGGUCUGCCAUACAGGGUGCUGCAAAGCGAAAGUUAUAUCCGAAAUCGAAUGAUGACCGAUUAAAAAGUCAAUGCUUUAAAUCUGCUUGGAUAGCAGCAAUAUUACACGAGGGCUUCGAUGUUGAUAAGGAACAUAACAAUUUUCAGACCGCGUUUCAUAUCGCUGGUCAGGAAGUGCAGUGGGCACUUGGUGCGAUGAUCUAUCAUAUGCGCUAUUUCCCACUGCGGAACAGUGAAAGCAAUUUAGUUACAAACAAGCAUCCCCAUGACAAUUCAUUGCCAUCAUCGCUUUCUCUUUGGCUGCUUAUGGGAGCAAUGGUUGUUCUUGUCGCUGCGUUUGCGCUUGUUAUCUUGAAGGAGGACAUAUCAACCGGAAUGAGGCGCAACAGGUCCAUAUGGAGCUACAUGAUGUUGAACUCGAGCGACUCAACAAGCUUGUCUUCGUUUCGUUCUGUUGGCUAUGCGUAG